AUGGCUGGAUUGCGGCUGCUGAUCACCUGGCUGGUGGGGCUCAACCUCAGCCUCCUUCUCCCGGCGACGGCCCACUACAUCCAGAUAGACCACGAGGAGUUCCGUGCCAGCGGCUUUCCGCAUCCGCACUUUCCACCGCCUCCAUUGACGCCACUGGAUCACCUGCCUCAGGUCCUCGCCGCCAAGGAACUGACCCCCGCCGAGGUCAUGGUGGAUCUGACCAAUGAUCUGACCCACCGCCUGCUCCACUACCACUCAAUCCUCAACCGCAACAACUUUGCCUUCUCGCCCACCGCCUUGGUCAGUGUCCUGGUGGCUCUGUUCGAAGGAUCGGCUGGGAAUAGUGCCGAGGAGCUACGACAUGUCCUGCAGCUGCCCAACAAUCGGGACGUGACCCGAGUGGGCUACCGCGACAUUCACCGACGAUUGCGGACUUACUUUUUUGGCUCCGACAAUCCGCUAAAAGGACUCAGUUUGAACAAGGGCAACGUCACAGUUCUCAAGGACUUCGAAACAGUUCUCAUGUUCUAUGGAUACGAUCUGAGUGUAGACAUGCUAUCCUCCACGCCAGCCAAUCUCACGUCAGAUGCUGAGAUGGUUAACACCACAAUGGCCAGCAAUUCCACAACCGCAGACAUGGAAGCGGAGACCACAACGUUGAAGGAUGUAGAGACCACAACUGAAGAGCCGUCCACGACGACCACGGAAGCACCUGUGACCACAACAACUGAGCCUCCAACUACCACAACGGAGGCACCAGAGGAGUCGGAGGCCACAACUGAAGCACCUGCUGCCACGUCGGGCGAGGAAGCUGCCGAGCCCGCUGCUGAGGAUGAAGCAGCCGAGCUGGUGUCCGCCUUUGUGGCCGAGGAGGAUGCCGAACCGCUGCUUCGCAUCCAGAAGGCGCGCGUCUCCCGGCUGCCAGUCAGUAAGCUCCAGGCGCCGCUCAAGCACUCGAAUCCGAUCACACCAAAGCCCCUCUAUCUGCCCAGUGCACGGACAGUGGCCAUGCCGAUGAUGGCUCGCCAGGUGGCAGAGCGAAAGCCGUCACCAACACGGCAGGUUAUUUCCAUUAUUGCGCCUCAGGCGGUGGGAAACAUCUCGCUGACUCGGAAGACCAAAAUGGCGCGGCACAAGCGGCAUGCGCUGCCAGGUUACAAGGAUCUAGAUGCGAAUCUCUUCCUGACGCUCUUCAAUCCGCACACUCACGUCCCGCAUCAUCCGUUGCAUAUUCCUCCGCCAGUGCCCGCUGCAUUCGCGCCCAUCACCAAUGACUUUGAGCCACACUAUAUUGGAGAGGGAGCCGAGGGCAAGUCCAACUAUAACACGGACGUGAUCAGCCACGUUUUCUACCUGGGCAACCAGCAGGUUGUGCACACCACCUUCAAAGUGUACAAUGCUGUUCUCUACUACAAGUACUUUGAGCACCUCAAGAUGAGUGUGCUGGAACUGGAGCUGGACACGCCGGAGUACAACCUUAUGAUCCUACUGCCCGACUAUCACACGGAUAUCGUAGCGGCCGCCGCCUCCUUGAAGCUGGGCCCCACUCUCCGGCUGAUGCGGAAGCAGCUUAAGCCGCGCUGGGUCCAGGCCAUCAUUCCAGACUUCAAGCUGCACGGGACCAUGUUCUUGACCAACGACCUUCAGAAUAUGGGAAUCUGCGAUGUCUUCGAGCCGAAUCGCGCGGAUUUCAGGCCCAUGACUGAUGAGAAGGGCGUCUACGUGCGGCACAUUGAGCAAUCCAUAGACGUCACCAUCCGUACGCAUCCCAUCAAUCAGCUGAAGCGCAACUACGGCGCCCAAACGAAGCCCAUUCAGAUCUCCGUGAAUCAUCCGUUUCUGUUUUUCAUCGUGGAUCGCGACCUGGACGUGGCUGUGAUGUCGGGCCGCAUACUCAAUCCGCUGAACGUGCGCAUCCAAUGAAGCUCGACGAAGGUCGACCAUCGAAAGU